AUGGAAGAACAGGUGCACGACCCAGAAGAAGUAAAAAACGAACAGACGCAUGCAGAAGAGCCUGCGCAGGAGGAAGAGUUCAACUGGUUUGAUGAUACUGCUGAGUUUGGCUUUGAUGACACGGAAGAGUUCCCCAAGACCACAGACAUUGCCCACGUCAUAAGCAAAGGAAUGAUCCCUGCGCUAAUUGCUCUCAUAGGCAUAUCUUUCCUGGGGAUGUUCAUUCUCAACUUCAUACCAGGAAGAAUGCGAAUUAUCCACGGGUUUGCUCUGAAGCACAUUUUCAUCCUUUUGGCAAUAACCUCUUUUCUUCUGAUACUCUCCAAGAUAAUAGUGCACGGAGUGUACAUCGCAAUACGAGACUACAUAACAGAUAACAACAUACUCCACAACAGGAAACUCAAGCUAGAAGUGAUCUUUGGCAUUUGGUUCUUCACAAUGAUACCCAUUGGAAUACACCUAGACAGAUACAUCCCCUGGGCGAGGGUGAUCCUUGAUAGGAUAUUUAUAUGCGGCUUCCUGACCAUCCUUGCAUUUAUAUGCAAAGGCCUUGUGAUGGAGCUUUUCAGAGAGCAAUUUUUGUCAAACAGUCUCAAAGACAAGGCGAAAGACAUCGAGAUUAAAAACAGGAUAAUAAACACGCUCAGAGAGUACUGCUACGACGCAGAAGAGGAAGAGUCAGACCCCAAGCUUGCAAACUGUUUUUUUGUGAACUUUCUGGAAGGGGAAGACAAUCCAAAUGACAACCAGGGAAUGGACUUCAUCAAAGGCGAUGUGGACAGCGUAGUUGGCGACAUGUUUACAAAGUCUAUUUUCACAAAGAGCCAACUGACCCAGCACGAGGUGCUAUGCCUCGCGCGCGAUGUGUUCACCAAGUGCUCAAAGAACAAGAAAUACAUCAACUUCAACGACUUUUGCGAAAUGUUCCCAAACGCCCAAACUGCCAUCCAGGCUUUUCUCUACUUCGAUGUGUCAAACAGCAAAAAAUUAACAAAAAAAGAGAUCAGAGACACUCUCGGGAUGUUCUACUACAACAGAAAAAACCUGCAAACAAGUUUUGAAAGCCUGAACAACUUUGUGGGAGUUCUUGACAACCUUGCGAUUAUUCUCGUAAUUAUUCCCCUGAUCAUCAUGUACUUCAUUGUCCUGGGCAUACCCAUCCAGCAGCUCGUGGCCUUCUCUCUGAGCAGUGCCCUGAUACUAAACUUCUUCAUCAGCACCAUAGCAAAAGACUUUUGUUUGAACGUGUCGUUCAUUCUUACCCACCCAUUCGACAUAGGAGACGACAUAAUAAUAGACGGAAAGAGCUACGUAAUAUACAGAACAAGUCUCUACAAGACAGAGGUCCUGGGCAUUGAUGGCGGUAAAAUAUCGUUCCUCAACAAGGUUUUAUGGAACAAAAACAUCAUCAACAUGACGCGGGCCCCGCAGAAGCUCAUCCACAUAAGCUUCAAGCUGGAUCAAAACAUGUCCAAGCACUACUUCAAGCUCAUAAAGAAGAACAUUCUCUCUUAUCUGCGGUCUAAGAACGAGAUAUUCUACGAAACAUUCACCAUCCAGUCAGAGUCAGAGGCCGUGUGCAAAAUAGAAGAGCAGAGCUGCGUGCUUAUCAUACGCUGCAAGUCCAUAGGAAGCAAAAUGGCAAAGCUAGAGCUGAAGAUAGAGAUAAUAAACUAUCUGAAAGACCUUCUGAAGAAGCUCGAAAAGUCGCAGACGAAAAAAACUCUUGAAAAGAAAGAGGCAAAAGAAACGGAGGAAAAAGAGAAAAAAGAAGAGAAGAAGUAG